AUGCCUGUGCCCGUGCCACCCACUCCGCGUCCGCUCACACCAUCCGCCACUAGUGGCCUCGACGGAGGCAAUUCUCCAUGCCCAUGCCUCGUCAAGGGCGUGUGGCCCACCUACCACGGCGUAUGUAUGUCGCCGUCCCUCUCCUCGCUGACGGUGCGUAGAAUAUAUAUAACAUCGCCGGCAAGUCCACAAUCCUGUGGCAUGGAUCAACGAUAAUAGUCAUGACCCACACUCACAUGGGCAUGGCUCAGUUAGCGAGGGUCCUAACACGACCCUACGCAUAUAAGCAUACAAAACUCAAGACAAUAUAAAAAUAAAGAAGGAUAAUGGGAAAUAUUAGAUGCCAUCGUGGCUUUCGAGCCCGCCCCUCGGGGCGGCCUGCGCUGCAUUACACACAGGAGGUCCAGCUCGCGCAUCGGUUGGAUCCCGUUGUAAGACGCUCUCCGCUUGCAGGGUGCGGUCGGGCCCCACCGUCCCAAGGCUAGGGAAAGGCGGGUGGUAUUGGAGCCGGUGCCUUCGGGGCCGCGUGACCGCCCCCGGUGGACCCACCUUGGUCGACGGGUGAGCUAUGGAGAGUCGUGGGUCUGGCCUCUAGGUGGCGGCAAGGGCGCCGGUGGUUGCAGCGACGGGGAUCAUACGGCCUCGCGUUGUGUCCCAGGCGUAAGUUCGUGCCUUGGCUGCGAAACACGCCGGGUGGGCACC